AUGGCUUCGGUCCAGUUUACAGCACUCAUACGCCUCCCGUUCAUACGCGGUGACUUUGGAGAUCCGCCACAGGCACAAUGGGAUGCGGAGAAAGACCGCCAGCUCUGGAAAGUGAUUUCCAAGUCGUCAAAGACUAGCGACCUGAACUGGGUCGAGUUAGCGGACAAGUUUCAGGUUCCGCCAACCUUUCUCCUGCAGCAGGCAGCAUGGCUGUACGAACGGCAUCUUGAUCAUGUUCGGAAUCAGAUGAAGAAGGUCAGCAUCUCGAAUGCAAAUCCAUCGCCAUCUCCAACAGGUGGCAGCUCCAUGGCUCCUGUUGGGGGCAUUGCCAUGCGAAGGGGCGGCAGCUCUGGGUCUGGAGCUGGAAGGACACCAACUGCGCUAUCUGGGCGUCCAAAAGAUAGCCCAAGUUUACGUGGCGGAGAGGUUAUCACUCCUGCGCCUUCUCUCUCCCGAACACCCUCUACAACCACAAUCACACAGUCUCGAGCACAUGUUCCAGCGCCUGCUCGGACACUGUCAACUCGGUCUACUCAGCGCCCCAACUUGACCAGCCGCAAGUCGGAGGAACGAGGUCAAGCUUCAAAUGCACCUCCGCCGAGUUACCGAAAUGAUGAAGAUGCUUCGCCAUAUGUUCUAGAUUCGUCAUCCUCAAGCUCAUCUUCCAUCUCGGAUACUGACCACCCAGCACACCGAAGUCAACUAUUCAAGAGACCUCCUCGUUUCCUGCAGAAGCGCCCUCGGGAUCUCUCUACUUUUGAUGAAGCUGAUGCCGCGCAAGAGUUUGAUGAAUCAGGCUCGCAAGAAACGAGUCUUCCGUUUGCAUCUGCAGCGAGAAGACAGCCAAGCAGUAGCAAAUAUGUGCAGGAUGAACAAAUCCACACUGGCAACAAACCAGGCCAAAAGGGUCUACAUCCUCACCGAGCCACAACCGAUACGCCAACGCGACAGAAGUCGAUUGACGUACAGUCGGUUACCACUGAGACAGCAUCGUCCAUGACCAGCUCAGGCGGUCCUCCAGCAGCCAAGAGUCCUCUGAGCCCGACUUCUGACCACCGCGCAGCAUUAGGUCGGCUUGGUAGCCCGCGACAUGCUGGACUGCGAUCCAGGAAAGAAGGCAGUGAAGGCACUCCGAGCAUGGGAAGCAGUUUCAGCGACAUUGAUGAUGCUGGUAUUAGUCAGUCGGCUCUCGAGGAAGCGCUGUUGAGUAACAUGCAACAUGGAAGAAUGAGCACGCUGAGUCGUAUGUCGAAGUGGUAGCGACGCAAUCU